AGCAGCAGCAUCACCAAGAGAAAUUGGACGUCCAUACGAUUUUAAAGUGCUUAGCAUUAAAACACAAACAGCAUCUCUUCUCUCCAAAGUAAUCCAUUACUGACAAUUAAUGUCAAACAGCACGCUGGAGCAGCUUCAUGCUGCCUCGCUGAGUGAAACAUUGCUAAUGGAAAGAAAGCCUUAUAAGAUCCAGCUGGUCAAAAUACACCUAAAUGCAGCAUAAUGCCUUCAAAAGUGUCAUGUUUAUACAUUUUGACAGUGGUCUGCUGGGCGAGUGCUCUGUGGUACUUGAGUAUUUCUCGCCCAACAUCCACCUAUGUUGGCCACAUGUCUGUGCCUAUACGCAAGACCGCGAAAACCCCAAAAAACAUCACCUUCACCAACAUCCACACCCGCACGCUUAACCCACAUGCCUUUGAAUUUGUCAUCAAUGAGCCGAAGAAGUGUGAAAGUGCGGCUCCCUUCCUGGUCAUCCUCAUCAGCACCACGCACAAGGAGUUUGAUGCGCGGCAGGCCAUCCGGGAAACCUGGGGGGAUGAGAGCACCUUCACGGACAUCCGCAUCCUCACCAUCUUUCUGCUGGGCAGGAACACGGACCCCGUCCUGAACCAGAUGGUGGAGCAGGAGAGCCAGAUCUUCCAUGACAUUGUGGUGGAGAACUUUAUUGAUUCCUACCACAACCUCACCCUCAAGACCAUGAUGGGAAUGCGCUGGGUGGCUACCUACUGCCCGAAAGCGCAGUAUGUCAUGAAGACGGACAGCGACAUCUUUGUCAACAUGGACAAUCUGAUCUACAAGCUCCUGAAGCCCACCACCAAGCCAAGGAGGAGAUAUUUUACUGGCUAUGUUAUAAACGGUGGUCCCAUAAGGGAUAUGCGCAGUAAGUGGUACAUGUCCAGGGACUUGUAUCCUGACAGUAAAUACCCUCCUUUCUGUUCAGGCACUGGCUAUGUGUUCUCAGCAGACGUUGCAGACCUAAUCUUCAAGACGUCAUUACACACAAGACUGUUGCACCUGGAGGAUGUGUAUGUGGGACUGUGUUUGCGUAAGCUGGGUAUACAUCCAUAUCAGAACAGUGGUUUUAAUCACUGGAAGAUGGCCUACAGUCUGUGCAGGUACAGACGGGUAAUCACCGUGCACCAGAUCUCCCCAGAGGAGAUGCACCGCAUUUGGAACGACAUGUCCAGCAAGAAGCACCUGAGAUGUUAA